AUGGAGGAUGUGAUGUUUGUGCACAUGUGGCAUGUGGCCGAUGGAUGCUGCCAGAUCUUUGCUUUGGGGGUGUUGGAUGGACAUGGCGGCAAAGCCACCUCAUGGGCGCUGCGCAAGGUCCUGCCUGAGUGCAUUGCAUACAGCCUGGGCAAUGAGGCUGAUCUCAAUGACACUGAUUGGACACAUGAGAUCAACAGUAAGAUCAUGCUUGCCUUCUGGCAGGCACAAUGA